AUGGAUCCUUUGGAGCUCCAGGCGCAGGCACUUGCAGAGAAGGCCCUGCCCGAGACGGCUCCGAAUCGGGCUGCGAAGCUACCUGCUGUGAGGCAGAAGAUCCUGGAGCGCCUGAAGCUCCAGGCUGCUGCCCCUCCGGUCGCACCGCCGCACUUGGCAUUGGCCGUUCCCAAAGAUCCGCCCGAAGUGCCACCGGUGGUGCCGCCCACGCCUGACGAGCGUUUGGAGCAGUUGAAGGUGGAUGGCGCAGAGCUCUGUGGAGAUGAGGCAUGGUUUGCAGACACUCAACUGCGAGAGGGUCUGCGUGCGGCGGUCCGUGAGGCCCACCGAGAGCAGAAGAUCUUGAUGGCCUCCGCAGCUGAGGAGGUCUCCCGCAUUGCCGGCGAGGGCGGCUUUCAGCGCCCCUCGGCCUUGGCGGUCUUGCGACUGGGUGGAGCUCAGCUUGGCGGCUACGGUGAGGGAGACAUCGCCUACUCUUUUCGCCAGCUGUCCAGGGUGCUUCAUCCUGACAAGAAUCCAGACUUGGCACAGGCUGACCAGGCCUUUCAUCGCCUCAGCGAGGCCGCGGAUGAACUGCGCAAGGGCUUGCAGGAGCAGCGGCGGCUCGUGAUUUGGUUCGCCUCAGCCACAAGCCAGCAGGUACCUGACAGUGUGAUGGAAAGGCCCCAGGAACCACUGUUUGCGGAGGCUUGCCGCCUGCUGACAGUGAUUUGUGGCCUUGCAGGCGAGGGCCUGGUGACCAUAGUCGCGCGUGGACGUGCGCUGUCCCUCUUCACCAGCACCUACCAGGGCUGUCGAGCACCAGAGCUUCUAGGCCUUUGGUUUGACAGGCCUCAACUGCUGGAAGCGAUGGCUUCGCCAUCGAUGCGUAUUGCCUACGAUUGUGCUGCUAAGCGCUAUCGAGCUCAGUUUCUUUGCCUCUUGAGCCGUGUGCUCGCGGCAGAAGUGAAACGAACUGGAGCGCUGCCGCGUGAUGGGUGGAAGAAGAUUGCGGAGACCUUUCCAGAGCUGGUCUUGUGGCAGGACUUGCGUGAGCAGAUUUACCAGCGCUGCUGGAUGGUGGGAGCUGACGAUCCACCUGGAAUGGCAGGCAUCGACCGCAGUCGAAGCCCUGCUCGAGCGCUCCGGAGUAGGUGGGCCCGCAAGUGGAGGAAAGCCAUGGCAGCGAUCCUGCCAUCGGGCGAGGACACUGCAGCCCCCGCAGCGGAUCCCGAGGUCAAGAAGUUGGCUCAUGUGAUGUGGAAGGACAUUGUAGCGGUCGCAGAGAGGGAGCCACACGGUUCAGGGCCAAAGCGAGCCCUGGGACUCUUCCGCGCGGAGCAUCACUCUCCGGCGACCUUCGGCCGGUCUUCGGCGAAGGACCGCCCUUCGGUCGAGGCGACGGAGUGGUGCUUUAUCCCAAGCUCUGACAUCUUCCUGGUCGUUGGAGAAGACUUGAUCGGUAUGACGCUCGAAGGCCUUUUUGCUGACAAUGCUCCUGGCCAGAAGAGGCUAAGCUUAGCUGAGUGCUACAGGAAGAGAGAUUCCCCUGCUCCAAAAGCUGCUGCUGUGAACCAAGCCCGGCCAAGCAACGGACAGGUGCUGCAAGUGGUGGAAGACGUUGUAGAGGUCUCCCCAGAAGAGGAGCCUAAGGUGUCGGAGCCGACGUUGUCGGAUCUCCUGGGCCUGGGCCGAUGA